AAUAACGUUGCAUUACAGUCUCAUUUAGUACAAACGAGCCGUUCUUACUGUCAAGGAGAAUGUGCUGCUGGAGGAGCGACAGCGCUCACAAGCAUGCGGAAAGAAUACACUGCGGAUAUAUAUGGUAGAAGCUUUACAGGUACUCAUUCAUCUCCUAUACGGGCGUGAGGCGGGCAUGUCCCCGCUUCGAGGGGCGUAAAUGGCGAGCCCCGGCUCUCAAUCUCCCGGCUCUCAAUCUCAAGCUGCGCUUAUUGCUCAGCGCAAGAAAGAUAAAAGCUUGACGUGGCAGCCUUACCUGACAAACGAUGGGAAGCAGGACCUUCAGGAGCUAUGGGAGCGACUAGACCUUGCUCGCAAGGGCUUCAUUACCUACAGCGAGCUGCAUGCCGCAGUCAAUGAGGCGGCGGGCAGGCCCGUCAGCUCCGCCGCGCUGCAGCCGCUGGCGUGCCGCAUGGACACCACCACGCGCCAGGGCCGCCGCAUCACGCACGCCGACUUCACCGAGUACAUGGCGCAGCAGCUGCUGGGCGAGCAGCGCUACCAAGAGGCGCUGCGGGCGGAGCAGGGGCCGCUGCUCAAGGAGGUGGGCUGCAAGCUGUACGAGCUGCUAAAGAUCUACAAGCGCAAGCAGAUGCUUAAGGACGCUAUGGGGGGCACUGACGGCAUCAAGCGACUGCUGACGCUGGCCCAGGUGCCCGUGCAGCGCCGCCCCCGCCGCCGCGGUCAGGUGGGCUUCAGCCUGCUGGGCUCGCCGGCACACGGCAGCUCGCCGGGCUCCGCCGCGCCCAGUAACCUGCACAGCCCCUCGCGCCGACGCGGCGCCGACCUGAGCGCGGGCCACUCGCCCAUGAUGGCGCUGGCUACGGGGGGCAGCGGGAGCCCGGUGGCUCGCAGCAAAAGCUUUGCAUUCGGGUCGCCUGUGGUGACAGGGACUGGUAUGGGGACGCAGGCGCACGCAGGGCAAGCAGGGGUUCAGCUGGUGCCGUCCUCGCCGCCGCUGGGUGCGGCGGCAGCAGCAGCAGCAGCCGCGGCGGGCAGUGCUGGCGACCGGUCGCCGUCGUUCAUGCCGCGUUCAGUCAGCAUGGGUCCAACAGGUGCGGCAGCUGCGGCGCGACAUGGCGGUGCUGGCGCAGGCCGCAGCGGCAGCGGGCUGGGCGACAUCCCGUGUGCUUUCAUCCAGCCCACGAGCGGCGAGUGGCCGUGUCCGGAGGUGGAGGGUGAGUGUGCGGACGGCCAGCCGUUUGGGCACUGUCAUGUGAUGUCGCAUGAAGAGAUAGAGGCGGUGGCGGCGCGCGCACGGCAGCGGCGCGAGGUUCGCGUGACGGCGGAGGUAGGCGGCGUGGCGCACGUCAUCACCAUGUGCAGCCUUGGCCAUCAGUCCGCACACGUGGCCCCGCCCUCGCCGUCGGCGUCGGCGUCGGCGUCGCAGCGGCCGGCCAGUGCUGCCGGCUGGCUGCAAGGGGCCGACCCGGGAUCUCCUGGCGGCGCGUCAUCGACACGCAGCCCCAUACGCCGGCCGGGGACAGCCUGCGCCGCGCUUCGCACGGUGUCCACGUCAGCUGUGUUUGGCGGUCACAGCCGCACGCCACAGGCCGCCGCGGUGGCCGCCGGCGUCGGCGCCGCGCACGUGGCCGCGGUGCGCCGCAGCGCCAGCCCCGGUCCCGCCGGCGGCGCAGCUUCCAGCACCGGAGCCAGUGCUACCGGCUCCACAGGCGUGGCUUCACCCGUCGCCAGCGUCGGGCGCGGGCAUAGCAUACGCCGUGCCAGCGGCAGUGAAGCCGCCGCCACGGCUGCCGCUGCGACUGCCGAGGGCGGCCUCGCUGCCACCGGCGCCACCGCUGUCGUCAGCUGCGCCAGCAGCGCCGCGCUGUCGGCACCGUAUGGGCAUUAUGGGGGCUACGCCGGCGGCGGCAACGGCGGCACGGGUCCCCUGUGGCGCUCCAACGGGCUUCUUGGGGAGGUGCUACACAGCCUGGACCGGGCGGGCCUAGCGGAUCUGGACAGGGGGCUGCAGGAGCAGGCGGCGCUGCAGGCGGCGGCGGCGGCGCUGUGCGAGUCGCCGACGGCGCCCACCGCCGCCGAGGCCAGUGCGGCUGCCGCGCUGGCGAGCGUGGUCACGUCGUCGUCGUCGUUGGGCUCGCCUCUGAUGCUCGCGGCGCAGCGGGGGCAGCAGGCGCGGCAGCUGAGAAAGUCGACGAGCAGCAGGGCUGGGCCAGCGGCGGUAGGUGGAGGGGGAGGAGGCGGUGGCGGCGGCGCCUACGGAGGCUCAGGGGGGCCCAGCGGCAGCGGCGCGGUGCCGGCGCGGCCUCACACGUCCAUGGCCGUGUAUGGACCUGGCUCCGGUGCAAGCGCGGCGCGGCAGGCCUACCACAGUACACCCGUGGCACCAGAAGCACCGGGCGGCUGCGUGUUUCGCGGCGGGGAGUCGGACGCAGAUGAGGAGGACUUGGGGCCUGGGGACAGCGUGGUGGCCGGCUGGUGGGGUGAGGUGGUGUCCACGGCGCACCUGGCGCUGCAGAGCGGCGCGUCGCAGGCGGCGCAGGGAGGCCCGCACGCCAGCUCACCGGCCGGCAGCAGCGGAAACGGCGCCAGCAGCGGGCCGGGGCAGCGGGUGUCACGCACGGCGCCGAACUUCAUGUCCGGCACUGCGUCAGCCAAUGCGCUGUAUCUCGAUGUGUCAGACUCGGUGGAGGAUGACCCGCUGCUGGCCCAGCUGCCCAACUGGAUACGCAAGGGCAUCGGCCUGCCGCCCGCCGCACAGCCGCCGCCCCGCCGGCCCGGUGCGGCUUCAUCCGCGGCAGCGGCACCAAUGCCUGACCCCACCGCCCAGCCUGACGGCUACCAGCUUCCAUACGUUGGCGCCGGCCUGAACGAAGACGUUUCGGAGGUCUUGCCAGGCGACAUCAGCAGUGGUGGCGGCGGCGGCGGUGGGAGCCAAGCGCAGCUGCUUAGCUCGGCUCCCGGCAGCGGCAGUGUGCCCGAGAGCGGCGGCAUUAGCGCCGUCAGCAGCAGCAGCCUUAUGGCAGGGGUAGCACCGGGGCCGGGGCAGGAGUCGUGCGAUGGUGACCACACAGAGGCGAUCGUGGCGGCGGCGACGGCGCGCCUAGCCGCUCUGUCGGGUCGCAGCUCGCGCCUCAACAUGCAGCGCUACGUGCCCUUCGGCGGUGACGCCGGCGCAGUGGUCGAAGAGGCGGCGGAAGAGGGAGAGGCUUCAUCGCCAAAGCAUGUGCGCAGCGGGCGCGGCGCGUCAGACACCAUGUUUCCUGCCGAGUGCGCCUCACAGGAGCUCGCCGGGGCGGGGCCUGCACCGGCGGCGGUGCGGCCGCUGUCGCCGCCAGAUGCUGCAACGGGGUAUCCCUGGUCCCAGGAGCCGGAGCAGGGGCCGGUUGUGGUGGUACUGGCGCCGCUGGUGCGGAGUAGGCCCGGCAGCCCCGCCCGAAGCGGUAGCCCUGGAUCCCAGCGCUCGCGUAGCCGCCCCGGCUCGGCCUCGCGCUUUUCGCCGAUGCUAGGCGAGCCCUCACCCAUCAUCAUGAUUGGGUCAUCGCUGCCGCCGCCGCCACCCGCCGAGCGCGACACCGCAACCUCGGCUGGCCGCAGCCAUGAUGAUGCUGACGCAGAUGCCAUCGCCGCUAGGCCUGCGGCCGACGCGAGCGAUGCUGCUGGCUACUGGUCUUCCGUGGGAGGGCUGAGCCUCGCUGCGGGGCUGGGCAGCGCCGUGGCCGCCGGCGGUGGCGGCGACCCGGCGGACACGGGCGCCCGUGCUGCCACACCCGAGUCGCUGGCAGCGUGGGAGGCGUCGGUAGUAUCACAACGCGGCAGCAUGGGACAUGGCGCGUUGCGCGGCGACCCCGAUGACGCGGGCGACCCGGGUGGUGAGCUGGCGGCUGAGGAGGACGAGCUGGCGGCGCCGCUGGGCGGGCUGUGGACGGGGCGGCCCGAGGGCUCGGGCCGCGCGGGGCCGCCGCAGCCGCACCGGCUUUCGCAGGCGAUGAUCCCGGAUCCGCUGGCGCCGGCUGCCGGCAGCCCGGGCGGCAGUGGCGGGGGCGGCGUCAGUGCAAUGGAUCCAGGAGCCUGGCGGCCGGGCUCUGCGUCGCCGCAUUCAUCGGCGUACGGCAGUGGGGCUGGACAGAGAGGCAGGCAGGGUGUGUCUUUCAGGAUCGCUGGAACUCCCGGCGCAGACGCGCAGGGCUUGGCUGAAGUUGAUACCGGCAACAACAGAGAUGGCGCUGGCGGUGGCAGCGCAGCAGCCGCGGCCCGCCGCAGUGCCAGCCGUGCCUCGCCCAUGCCGCCCUUCAUCUCGGGCCAGCGGCCAGUGUCGCCCGGUGGCCUGCCCAUGGCCUUCGAGGUGGUUGCGGCAGCCGAGGCCGCAGUCGCGGAGGAGGAGGAGGCGGAGGCGCGCCGCGGCGCUGCCGCCAGCAGCGCCCCAGCCUGGGUGCUGGGCGAGGCGGCCUCUGGCGCGGCUGCGCCAGGCUCGCCGGCCGCGGUGCGCCUGAACCGCACCGCCCUGCUGCGGCUGAGCAGCCAGUACGGUGUGGAGCUGGCGGAGGUGGCGGCGGCGGCGCUGGGGCUGUCCUGCACCUCGCCCGCAGCACAGGCGGCAGUGGCGCAGCAGCUGCUGAGCGCGCUUUCAGCCGGGGAACUUGGUAGCAAUGGUGGAGCAGGUAGCGGCGGCGGGGCAGGGGGCAGGGAGUCGCGACAGCGGCGGCGGAGCCGCUCCCCGUCGCCGAACGCGCAUUCAUCGCGCGGCACGGUGCCUUCCUCGGGCGCGCCCGGGGCCGGCACCCGCGCCGUCCCGCCUAGGUCUGCCGCAGCUGCUACCGUCAUGGGCAGCUCCGCCGCGCAGCACCGGCAGCAGUACGCUCACAAGCAACAGCUUCAACAGUACGGCAUGUACGGGUUGCCGGCGGACGCGCUCGCCGUGAGCCGGCGGCUGCGGUUGGGCGCGGAGUUCGUCAGUCGCGUCUCGCCCCACACCCACGAGGCAGCAGCCUACAACCCGGCGCCCACUGUAGCAGGGGCGGUAACGGCGGCGGCGCCAGCAGAACAUGCAGCCCGUCUCGCAAGGCCGCAAUCAGCAGGCACACACGCCGCCAAUGGAACGACGGUUGCGAGGCUGGGAGAGGGUCCGGACGCGGGCGCAGCUUUGCGGCCCCGGUCCGCCCUCGCGCUCGCGCCGCCCCCGCGCUCAGCGCCUAGCAUCAGCAACACCCGCACGCAAACGGUGCUGCAGGGGACGGAGGUAGCGUCGCUGCUGCGUGCCACUGCCAUCCCCCUAGGUGGCGGCUCCGAUCCUGCCGGCGGUGGUUGUGCAGCGGCGGCGCCGGGCGGCGGCGCCGCUCGUCGCCGCUUCGCCGCCGGCACGCCUUCAGCCGACAGCUCCGCUGCAAAACGGACGUCAGCGCCAAGAGUAGGAGGCCCUGCUGCUGGUGCUGGUGGGCGGCAGGCGGCGGUGCAGGGUGGUGGCGCGAACCGGGUGGCUCUGGCAGGCGCGCCAGCUGUGGCGGGGCCUGCUGUUGUGGCACGGCGCGUGGCGUUUGCACAGCCGGAAGCAGACGUUGACAACAUCAAGCAAGCGGGGUAGCGGGUAGCGCGCGGCCUGCUGGCACAGAGCCCGGCAUGGGUGGGACAACAACUACACCGCCUUUUUUACCGUGGGUAUGUUCUUUAAGCACUGUGCAGGAUGUCUAGAAACUGGUGUUCCUUUUAUGUACAACGCAUUGUCACCCGGUACUGCAGCGAAUGAGCGCCUGCGUGUUGGCGCCCAUCGUGCCAUCCAGGGCAUGUUGAGCUGUGCAUGCACGCACUGCUGCGCAAUUGAAUGUCGCAUUCGGCGUUUAUUGGUAUGGCGUGUACACGCAAGACCUUGAGAAAUGCUAGGACAGUUUGAUUAUGAAUGCGGAUGUUACAGAGGGGACAGUCCCAGCACCCGAAGACGCCGAGCCAUCACAUGCUAUCAGGGCCCAACAUGACUCCACCAACCCCGACUUUGCUGCAAACCCUCCCGCGGGCAAAGUCCGUGUGACUCCGCGCACAGUGAGUCCUAGCCAAGC